GUGAGAGCUGUAUCAGUUGAAUGAAGUCGACGGGAGGAAGUGGCGGUGAAUGCAGCUCCACACCUUUCCGGUGUAGCAGCACUGCGACCAGCUCGACUUAAAGGAGAAAGGCGAGAGCUGGGUGUAAUUAUCGAGGCAGGAGGGGGAGAUAGGAGGGGGACAAGAGUUGGACUUUUCCUGAGUGGAUGUAUGUGUUGCUGAGUCACUAAGAGGUUUUUCUUCCUGCACGGUGAAGUUACCCGGCGCGACGGUCCAUGGACUGAGUGUUAGCCCGCAGAAAGCUGCUUUUUCUCCCCCCGUGAAAAGAACAAGGGCGCACCCGAUGAGGAGGUCCGCCAGACACAAACACCAGGAGGAUUUCACAAGAACGACGGAUCUGUCUGGGCCUUAUAAGCACAACAAAGCGUGUCCUCUGUGCGUGUUUUAAUCGCCAAGGCUGGUUCGUAUCUCGACAAAAUGAACGUCCUGCAACAGCUGCUGCCAACUUGUUAAGUGUUAUCGUGCCAUGUUGUGUACAGGCCCCGCACACACUGUGAUACUCUGAACAUCAAUGUCCCCGCACUUCACAGGACGCACACAAUAUCAAGUCAAAUGUCAAUAAGUACUGUUUGUUAGGAUUAACAUGAGUGAGCAUUUUUGACUUUUUCCUCCACUUGUGCUCUUCACUGAGUCAUGUUUUCACAAGUAAGCCUAUAGGCAGAAGUUAGUUAUAUAGAGUACUCAUCAGCACAGUGUCAGACAUUUUUCUCUGUAGGAACAACGUAUUUAUGCACAAUAGUUCAAAAUGGGGAAAAUGCUUUCAAAAAUAUUCGGCAACAAGGAGAUGAGAAUACUGAUGCUUGGACUUGACGCUGCUGGAAAAACAACAAUCCUUUACAAACUGAAACUAGGGCAGUCUGUGACCACAAUCCCCACGGUGGGCUUCAAUGUAGAGACUGUCACCUACAAAAAUGUCAAGUUCAACGUCUGGGAUGUUGGAGGCCAAGACAAGAUUCGUCCUCUGUGGCGACAUUACUACACAGGCACCCAGGGCUUGAUUUUUGUGGUGGAUUGUGCCGACAGGGAUCGUAUCGACGAGGCCAGACAGGAACUUCACCGCAUCAUCAAUGACCGGGAGAUGAGGGAUGCCAUCAUCUUGAUAUUCGCCAAUAAGCAAGACCUUCCAGAUGCCAUGAAGCCACACGAAAUCCAAGAGAAGCUCGGAUUGACCCGCAUCAGAGAUAGGAAUUGGUAUGUUCAGCCUUCCUGUGCGACCUCAGGUGAUGGACUGUAUGAGGGCUUGACAUGGCUAACCUCAAAUUACAAAUCUUAAUGAUUGAGUGCAGACUGUUUUAGGUCAAAUCUAUAACAACAUUGCAAGUAACAAAUAACUUCUCAAAAUGAGUCUGGGUAAGAAAAAAGUUGAUUUAUCUCCCAUUAAUUUUCUUAAUACUACGUUUACCCCAUGACUAAUUUAUCUUAAACUGGGUUUGCUGGCUUAAACUUUGCUUGUACUCUGUAGCAGGCCUGUAUCACAUUCAUUAUUCUGGGGCUUGCUUGAUGAAUAUUGAAAUAAUUGGUCCUUAUGUUAAAGCCACAGAGAUCACCACCUUUGCCUCUUCGUUUCCCUGUUUUGUAUAAUUUUUCUAAUGCAGCUGAAAUUUUUAUCUUCAUUCUUGGAUUAAAGCUUGUUUCAAGGCUCUUCAGACUCUCGCAUUCAACUUGGACCUUUUUCUUUUCUUCUACGAUUUUAACUCCAUGUAGCGAAGGUAAAGGACUUUUGAGAUUUGUUUUUAACACAGUUCUGUGAUGAAAAGUAUUUCUUCUCAAUGGUAUCAACCAUUUUCAUAGUCACAGGUCUUGCCAUCGGGGGGCGGGGAAAUAUCAUCAGACAUGUAAUUGUAACCCCCUUUGAAUCUCCUAAUGUGGGCUCUAUAUUUUACUGAUCGACCUAUUGUGUCAUGUCUUGAUACAUCAUUGUGCUGAACAUUCAACAAAUAGGCUUUCAGUAACUUUGAAAACAUGCUUGUAGGGAUGCAUUUUUAAUUUUUGGGGUAACACACAGUCAGUCGACUCAAUCUUUCCAAAGGAAUGUCAUUCAGCUCUGAGCUCUCUCAAUCUGAUACCACAGUUGAUUAGUCUCAGUAUUGGGACAUUAUAUGAUAGCCUAUAUCUGUAGCAUGAGUACGAAAGUACAGUAACCCUACAUCAGAGUCCAUCUGUCAUGCAGUCAGAGGGAGCUGUUAACCGGUGAAAUGUUGGAGACACCCCGAGGUGCAGCUCUUACUCCUAUUUUGACUGGGGGAACCAUGUACAGAACAAUGUCAUUGUAAUGUCUUAUUAAAAAAGUGAUUUUAAA